GAGAGCGGGUACUGUGAACUGCGUUACUAUGCUACAGCCCUAAUAACCGCACACUCGGAAGCCAAACGUGCGACACAGAUUGACAUUAUCUUGUUUACAAAGAUAACUGAACAGACUGCUACUUGGGAAGAAAGACUCAUGAGUUGGCCGUGUGGAUUUCAGAGACGUUAUGGAUUUGACUAAAAUGGGUAUGAUCCAGCUCCAGAAUCCCAAUCACCCCAAUGCCCUACUGCACAAGGCAAAUCAGAUGCGCCUGGCUGGCACACUGUGCGACGUGGUUAUCAUGGUGGACAGCCAGGAGUUCCAUGCUCAUCGGACUGUGCUGGCCUGCACCAGCAAGAUGUUUGAGAUCCUCUUUCACCGCAACAGCCAACAUUACACUCUGGACUUUCUCUCACCAAAGACUUUCCAGCAGAUUCUGGAGUAUGCCUACACUGCCACUCUUCAAGCUAAAGUGGAGGAUCUGGAUGACCUGCUGUACGCAGCAGAGAUAUUAGAAAUAGAGUACUUGGAGGAACAAUGCCUGAAGAUACUGGAGACCAUCCAGUCCUCGGACGAAAAUGACACAGAGGUCAACAUGAACGAUGGUGGCACAGAAGACGAUGACGAGCAUAAGGGAAGGCACGGGAGGAGCCAAGCAGGUUCCAAAAAGCAUUCCAUGGAGGAGGGCAGCUACAUCUCGGCUGCCCAGCAAGCACUGGCACUGCCCGGAAUGGUGGAUCAGAGUCCGUCUGUCUCCACCUCCUUUGGCCUCUCCACCAUGAGCCCAACCAAAGCAGCCGUGGACAGCCUAAUGAGCAUCGGCCAGUCCCUCCUGCAGAGCAGCUUGCACCCUGGUGUGGGCUCUGAACAUCCCCUGCAUGGCAACUCGCCCCAUAUGAUGGGAGAGAUCAAGACGGAGAUGAUGCAAGUAGAUGAGAGCGCAGACCACGAGAGCCCCAACACAAUGGAGCCCAAUACCUCCAGCAAUGGAGAGCGCAGCGGAGAACCUGACAAGAACCGUGAUGGGCCUGGCACCCCUACCAGGAGUAGCGUGAUCACCAGUGCCCGUGAGCUCCAUUACGUCAGGGAUGAAGGUGUGGGGGACCAGCAGGCUGAGGUCAGCCAGAUGGGGCUUGAGGCCAUGGCAGGGAUGACCGAGAAACACUUGGCGUCACUGUACGGCAUACCACCCAACCAUAAGAAUGAAGGGAUGCUCUCUAUGCCGGCCUCUAUGGCCUCGACCUUACAUAUGUCACCAGCCCUGGCCAUGUCCAUGGACUUCAGUGCCUAUGGGGGCUUGCUGCCUCAGAGCUUCAUCCAGAGGGAGUUCUUCAACAAGCUUGGUGAGCUAGCUGCUGGAAUGAAGCCUGAUGGCCGCAAUCAAAACGAGCGCUGCAACGUGUGUGGCACUGAACUGCCUGACAAUGAGGCCAUAGAGCAACACAGGAAACUGCACAGCGGAAUGAAGACCUAUGGGUGCGAGCUUUGUGGCAAACGCUUCCUAGAUAGUCUACGCCUGAGGAUGCACUUGCUGUCUCAUUCAGCUGGUGAGAAAGCCAUCGUCUGUGACCAGUGUGGAGCUCAGUUCCAGAAGGAAGAUGCUCUAGAGGCCCACCGACAGAUCCACACAGGAUCAGAUAUGGCCAUCUUCUGUUUGCUCUGCGGGAAGCGAUUCCAGACGCAGACAGCUCUGCAGCAGCAUAUGGAGGUUCACGCAGGCGUGCGCAGCUACAUCUGCAGCGAGUGCAACCGCACGUUCCCCAGCCACACCGCACUCAAACGCCAUCUCCGCUCGCACACAGGUGACCACCCAUUUGAGUGCGAGUUCUGCGGCAGCUGCUUCCGAGACGAGUGCACACUGAAGGGACACAAGCGUAUCCACACCGGAGAGAAGCCCUAUGAAUGUAACGGCUGUGGCAAGAAAUUUAGCCUCAAGCACCAGCUCGAGACCCACUACCGUGUCCAUACAGGUGAGAAGCCGUUUGAGUGCAAGCUUUGCCACCAGCGCUCCAGGGACUACUCGGCCAUGAUCAAACACCUGCGCACCCACAACGGCGCCUCGCCAUACCAGUGCACCAUCUGCCUGGAGUAUUGCCCCAGCCUCUCUGCCAUGCAGAAGCACAUGAAGGGCCACAAGCCUGAAGACAUCCCGCCUGACUGGAGGAUAGAGAAGACAUACCUGUACCUCUGCUACGUCUGAAGAUGGAGAUGGAGAGGGCACAGGAGGGGAGAGGGAGGGGCGGGAAGGAAACGCAGUCAGGUUGUCAUUGUGGAGGAAAUGGACAGAAAAAGCAAAUGGUCACAUUUGUUGGAGGGGCUGGGCAAGACAGAAUGGGAAAGGAUGGAAUAUAGAAAGGCAGUAAAAAAAAAAAAAAAAAAAAAAUCUUACCAUGUCAGUAUCGCAUCCAUGUGAAUCAUUUUGCUAUUGCAUUCUGUACUCAGCAUUGUGUUAUAGGUGUUCAUCUGUUCAUAUUAUGGUCAUAUGGAAAGUCUGCUCUAUACAUCUGGCAUCAACUUAUGUCCCAGGCAAUUAAAGGGAUAAUUAUGCAAAAACAAAAUUCGGUCAUCAUCACUGACCCUCAUGUUGUUUCAAACCUGUAAGACUUUAUUUCAUGCAUGGAACACAAAAUGAGAUGUUAAGCAGAAUGUUAGACUUAGUCAUUAUUCACUUUCAUUGCAUUCACUGAAAGUGAAUGGUGACUCUAACAUCUAAAAAGAAAGAAAGUCAUACGGGUUUGGCACAACGUGAGGUUGAGUAAAUGACGAUUUUCAUUUUGGGUGAACUAUCCUUUUAAAUAUCUAAUUAUGCCUUAUAUCAGUUGUAAAACUAAAAACAAACACACACUAACAAUAUUUCACCCUUCGACUCACUCUUAGAAAAGGCGCCCCCUACUGGUACAUACUAGUAUAAGACUGUCUCCCACUGUAAAUGAGACACUGUACCCUCUCUUUGUUUAUCUCUGAUAGCUGAUCUUCUUUUAUCAGAGUAAUUGCAAUAGAGGAGUCAGUGCACAAAGCACUUAGAUCUGUCAGUAAUGAUGCACCAGUCGGGAACACAACAGCAAAUAUAAACUGUCAUGUUCAUCAGAGCCAUUAGUGCAAACUGGGGCAUAAGCUUCUCGCGAAACAUUCAUGAUGCUCGGCUGACACUCGGUGGGUAGAUCCGUCCCAUAUGAUUCACAUUCAUUAAGGGCUUAUUGGUUUAACCAGCAUAAAAAUCAGCUCAGCUCUCAAUACUCUGCUCAUCAAUGUCAUUUCAUUGUUUCUUUUUUACAUAAUCUUUGGUUACUUGGCAUAGUCUCAUAGCUUCAUAUGCAUAUUACAAGCUCACGAUGACAAUUUUUGUUUGAUGUUUCCUUGCAAGUUUAUAUUGAUCAAAAUAACCCAUUUAUGCACACUGUAUAUGUUUGUUUUGUUGCAGUUUUUCACUCUUGUCUCUUGUUUAAGUACAUGUCUGAUCAAAUCAUUACGGUUUGAAGCGAGUAACUUGGCAAUACAUACAGAACAUCCGUUUCACUCUAGACAUCUAUUCAACUGUUUAUGCUGUUGUUAUAGAGACCAAAAUUAUGACUAAAGCUGCUUUUGUCAGUGGCUUGGAGACAGAAUAGCACUGACAUACAGGGCUCGUCCGCACAUAUCUAAACGUUCAGUGAUUCGAGGCUUGGUCUGUCCAGCCUGAAAGGCUGAUAUAAGAGAAUCGAACAGAUCAACUCUUUUGUUCGUGUGCUUUGUCUGUGUUUCCUAUUAUACCUUGAUUUACUUCAGCACGUCGUACUUGAAUUACCUCGUUUUUUUUGUGACCUCAUGUGCUAGUGGUUUAAUUUUUCCUUUGUUUCAUCUUGUUGUAUAUUUGAUUUGUUUGCUUGUGUUUGUCUUUCUGUGAUGUCAAGCAGCUGAGAUUUGAAAAGCAGCGUGUACUUAAGGACUUAAGAAAUUAAGUGCCACGGUAAAGAGAGAUUAUUUGUCUUUCGUUAACUUUGUUUUUAUUUUAAUCUUACCAAACUUGGUAUUAUGUUUUUUGUUUUGUUUUGUUUUUACUAACCCUGCUUGUUGAAGAGCUUGUGGGUUUGGUCAUUUUUGUAAGCUACCUCUUAAGUUUUGUUUUGUUUUUCAUUUGCAAAAGCACAUUCGUUUGCGUUUUGCGUUAUUGCAACUUCAUCUCAUGCUUUCAAGUGUUGUCUGUUCAAUUUGUAAGCGACAAACAUGAAAUUCCCCCCGCCCCCCUUUGUAAACCUUACCUUAAGAGCAGACAAGAGCAGACAACCUUAAGAGCAGACAAAGCCUUAAGUUUGGGGAAGAGUUGAUCGGGGCGGUGUGUGUAUGGGACAGGUGAAGUGUAGUACUUUAAAGUUUAAAAAAAAAAAAAGAAAAAAAAACAUUAAACUUGAAAAUAUGUGAAUAGAAUUGUAGUUUUGUAAUGUGAAAAAAGAAGGUUCACAGAGUGUGAACUGCCAAGAACAGGUCAUAUGCAGCAGUGCAUUGUUGUGCGUUGGACAAUUGGGACUGCAAGUGGUAAUCAAUGCCGAAAGGAAUAAAAAAAUUACUGUCAGUUGACAUGUUUCUUUAUAUGAGUGUAGUCCUGAGCAAGAGCCAACAGAGGCCAUUUGAUAUAUAAAAUUGUGAUAUUUUUGUAUUCAGUGUCAGUCCCUUUUUCCAUUUGUUGAGGUUUCAGCAGGGCAAAACUUUGUAGUUCUUUUUUUAUAUCAUUAUUCUCUCGUUUAAAUCGUUUGCCUUUGCUCCUCUUUGGUAAUGUUGGACAGUGUGUGAUCCUAUAGUGAUAAAUGUUGCUUUCUGGAUGUCAAAUACAUUGCAGGUGAAGGACUAAAUCAGCCACAUACUCCUUUUGUGAAAAUAACAAGAAAAAAAUGAUGUGAUGCCAAUGAUCAGUUACAUUGCACACAAUAUCUCAAACAAUCAUGUUGCCAACUUUUUGUUUUUGUACUUGAAGUUACUAAAAAAAAAAGAAGGGAUGGGGAGACACAUUAAAGAAAAAUGUAUUUGUCAUGUGUCUUGCCAUUGUUUUCUGGAAAACACUGUGAGUUUGGGGACGUUUUGGACCCCUGUGAGAAUUAAAAACAAGUAGCGCCAUGAUUAAGGCCGAAAUAUAUUUUUUGUUCUGUGAAUGGCUAAAGUCAACUAAUAUUAAAUGGGUAAAACGGAGUUUGCAAUAUGUGGCAACAAUACAAGAUAUUAAGUGACAUACCAGUGUCACUGUUCUCAUUUUCUUUUCUUUUUUUUUUUUUUACUGUGUGUGUGUGUGUGUGUGUGUGUGUGUGUGUGUGUGUGUGUGUGUGUGUGUGUGUGUGUGUGUGUGUGUGUGUGUGAGAGAGAGAGAGAGAGAGAGAGAGAGCACAUUAGUGACAAAUGCACUAAUCCGAAAGUAAUGUUCUAUGCCACUUUUCUCUCAUGCUGAUUAAAAAAUAUUGGCAUUGAUGUAGUUCUUCCCUCAAUGUUCUAAUGAUGUUUCUGUAAUAUCGUUGUGCCUAAAUGAAAUUGUUCAACAGAUUGUCCACAUAUAUCUGCUUAGUUUCUGUAUUUUCAAAAGAUUAUUGGUGUCUUCAGGGCUCCAGGGAUGUCAUGAUGAUCUCAGAUUUGAAAUAGAGUAUCCUCACUUUAAGACUUAAAGAGUUCAGGGCAACUAAGCCAAGUGAAAGUGAGGUUGUUGUUUAUUAUUAUUAUUAUUAUUAUUAUUAUUAUUAUCAAUUGGCAUUUGGUCUUUUUAAGUGGUUCCACUGGUGACUGAUCAAAUGCUGAAAUCCUGUAGUGUUUUAUACACAGUUCAAGAAGAAAUAUUUUGUAAACAAGCUAAACAUUCCUUGGAUUGGAAUAUGUGCAUUUUUCACAGUGAAUAUCCUACUAUUAAGGACAAAAAAAAAGUCAUGUUUGAGAAUCAAAAUUCCUUUGAAUCCUUGUUUUUCCACCUCAGCAACAGGUUUGCUGAUUAAACCUUUCAACAACAUCCCUUUAACAUUCCGUUGGAUGUUUAUGCAAUGUUACUGCCCCUACUCAACAUAUUUAUUUGUUGGUUAAAGUACUUAUUUUUAAGGAAGCAGUAAGCCAAGUGUCAUCAUUGCAUCCCUGGAGUUGGCUCACUGUGUUCCAGUGUGGUGUUCUAUAGAAAGAGUAACCAUUUCAUGCUGUGUUGCCAUGCAUGUGCCAUUGAGGUCAAAACUAAACUGUUUGAGUAACAAAGCACCAAGAUGUUGUCUUUUUUUUUUUUUUUUAUAUAUAUAUAUAUAUAUAUAUAUAUAUAUAUAUAUAUAUAUAUAUAUUAGCACUGAGGACCAAUUGCCCUGUCGGACCAAGCGUAACAAAGCUUUUUAUGUAACAAAGCAGUUUUUCCCUCUCUAGCUGUUCUCUUCCUUUCUCUCUCUGCCCAUCCUCUUUUUCACUCUAUUCCCUCUCUCUACUGUAUCUCUCCUUUUUUUUUUUUUUUUUUUGUGACAGCACAAGUGCCAGUCCAGUUGCUCUUUAAAAAUAUAGUGUUUUGUUUGUGGGGUUUUAUUUUUGUUUGUUAUUAUUAUUAUUAUUUGAAUUGUUAUAGUUACGUCUACCUCAGCACCUAAUCUUAGCCUAAUCUUAGAAGGUGCCCAAUUAUUAUUAUAAUUUUUUUUUUUUCUGUUUGUUGUUAAUUGUACAAAUUUUUGUUUUGCAUUAGAGCUUUGCAAAGGUCCUUUGUCUUUUCCAGCAACAUGCUAUUUUAUUUGUAGCACGUUCUGGGUGUCGUGCUACAGAUAUUGGCAUCAGUUUCCUGAUGUAGUCUUUCUUUCGAUGUAGGAUCGGACACAUCUCUUUGUAACAUUUCAGUGUUCUCUGAUGGAGUGUGAAAAAAUAAAGAAUUUAAAGAGA